UCAUAUCCCAAUACAUAGCCCCUCCUCAGCUAUCUCAUAAUUGACCUCAUUUUGUUUCAUCAAUGGCUUUUCUCAAUAACUCCAUUCUCACACUCCAAACAUGUACACCCCAUCAGCACGAAGGUACAACUAAUUUCAAACCCGCCGAUUCAUUUCUUCCUCCCUCUAAUUUCCUUACUAGAAUCAAGUCGUCAACCAGAACACGCUCUUUGUCCUCUAAAACUAGCCAAUCUUUCACAUCUAUCAUUAACGAGUUCGAAAAAGAAAAAAUCAACAAAUCCAUCGAUCAAUUAGAAGAAAGUGUAAACACUACGAAAAUUUAUGAACCGGAAUUAGUAGAUCGAUGGCUAGAAAUUCAUGGUCAAGAUGAUUGGGUAGGUAUGCUUGAUCCAAUGGAUCCAAUUCUACAUAACGAAUUAAUUCGUUACGGAGAAAUGGCUCAAGCUUGUUACGAUGCUUUCGAUUUUGAUCCAUAUUCUAAAUAUUGUGGGAGUUGCAAAUUUCCAAGGCGCAAGUUUUUUGAUGGAUUAGGGAUGGCUGAAUAUGGGUACGAUAUCACACGUUAUCUAUAUGCAACUUCAAAUAUUAACUUGCCAAAUUUCUUCAAGCAAUCGCGUUGGCCUAAGAUAUGGAGUAAAAACGCGAAUUGGAUAGGUUAUGUUGCGGUUUCAAAUGACGAAACGUCGAAACGGUUAGGGCGUCGUGACAUAACAAUAGCAUGGAGAGGUACCGUGACUCGUUUGGAAUGGAUUGCUGAUUUAAUGGAUUAUCUCCGUCCGAUUUCUUCAGAUAAUAUACCUUGCCCUGAUCCUAAUGUCAAGGUCGAGUCUGGAUUUCUUGAUCUUUACACUGACAAAGACGAGAAGUGCAGGUAUUGCAAAUUUUCAGCUCGAGAACAGAUACUAACGGAAGUGAAAAGAUUAAUAGAAAUGUAUCCAGACGAGGAAAUGAGCAUAACGGUUAUUGGGCACAACUUAGGCAGCGCGCUAGCAAUAUUAAGCGCGUACGACAUAGUGGAAACAGGCUUAAAUGUAAAGGCGGAUACAAGUGUUGUGCCAAUUUGUGUUUUUUCAUUUUCAGGGCCAAGAGUUGGUAAUGUAAGGUUCAAAGAAAGAAUUGAAAAAUUAGGUGUGAAAGUGUUGAGAGUUGUGAAUGUUCAUGAUAUUGUGCCAAAAUCACCAGGAUUAGUGUUGAAUGAGCAUUCACCAUCUAUGGUUAUGAAGAUAUGUGAAAAGUUGCCAUGGAGUUAUUCACAUGUUGGUGUGGAGUUGGCUUUGGAUCAUAAGAAUUCACCUUUUUUGAAACCAACUAGUGAUCUUGUUUGUGCACAUAAUUUGGAGGCUCAUUUGCACUUGCUUGACGGGUGCAUGGAUGACAUAUAUGAUGCUUUGGCCGAACACCUUGUUUCAACUGCAGCAGCAGCAUCAAGCCCUUAUUUCAAGCAUAUUGUUGGUCUUGCUGGUCCUCCCGGUGCUGGAAAGAGCACUAUCGCAUCUGAAGUAGCUAAGAGAGUCAAUAAGAUAUGGCCCCAAAAGUCUCCUUCCUUUGAUUCUCAAGUUGAGCCUCUAGAAGUUGCCAUUGUUCUUCCAAUGGAUGGAUUCCACCUUUAUCGCCAUCAGCUUGAUGCAAUGGAGGAUCCAGAGGAAGCACAUGCGAGAAGGGGUGCUCCAUGGACGUUUGACCCCAAUUUACUACUAGAAUGCCUUAAGACUCUUAAAGAUCAGGGAUCAGUGUACUGUCCAUCUUUUGACCAUGGUGUAGGAGAUCCUAUAGAAGAUGAUAUCUUUGUGAACCUUCAACACAAAAUAGUGAUAGUUGAAGGUAAUUAUCUGCUGCUUGGAGAUGGUGCUUGGAAGGAGGUAUCAUCCAUGUUUGAUGAGAAAUGGUUCGUCGAUGUUGAUCUUGAGAAAGCAAUGCAACGUGUCCUGAAGAGACAUAUAUCUACAGGGAAGUCCCCUGAUGUUGCUAAAUGGAGGAUAGAUUACAAUGACAGGCCCAAUGCUGAGCUAAUUAUGAAGUCCAAGAACAAUGCAGAUUUGGUGAUCAAGUCGAUUGACGAAUUGAGGUGAGCCCCCGACUUGUCACCUGUACUAAGAGUGCUGAGGGAAAAUUUGAAUGGUGGCAUCAAAAGUUAGCCAAAUAGAAUUUUAUCCAUUGGCUUGAAUCUGAUGAGAGUGCAGAACCUUUCGUUGCGUUUACGCUUGAGGUGAUGAAAUAAGUUCAAGGGACUGGAAAUAAUGGUGUUUAUAGUACUACUUUUUUCCUGCAAAUAAGAUGUAGUAAUAUUUUUGACAUGUAAUGCUUAAGGUCGGAUAUUAUACUUUGUAUGAGUUCUUUCCUUCCUAUUUUUUGUGAAAG